ACAACCCAGCUGCCCCCCUUUCUACAGUUUGCUUUCUCUGUGGCAUCGAUGGCUGACCCAUGAAGCAAUCCCCUCACAGCCUGCUCUACUCAAGUAAACCAAGGGGAAAUUUAAGCAACUUUAAUGCACUGGGUUGUUAACUAUGGCAGUUCAAGUGCUGCUUCCUGUGUAACUGAUUGGGGCUAGUGUCGUGGCUGCAGGUUUGGAGACGAGCAGAUGCCUGCUUAAUCUGCCUACAUGGGUUUUGAAUGCAGUCUGAGUUCAAGAAAUAUGAAGAAGAGAUACCUUCCCUGCUCUGGGGGUUAGAUCCUGUAUUUUCUGCAUUUGCAAGACUCUAUAUUAAAGAUAUAAAAGAAAUGAGAGAAUCUAAACAAGUGCCAGGUAUAUUCUUCUAUAAUGGACAUCCAGUGAGACAGGUGGAUGUUGUUGGGACAGUGGUUCAAGCUAAAGAGCGAGAAGCCUUUCACAGUUAUGGAGUGGAUGAUAGUACUGGAGUUAUAAAUUGUAUCUGCUGGAAAAAUCCCAUGGUAGCAGAAAGAACUUUAUCAGACUGUCCAAGCACACCCAGCAGUCUUAAAGUACUUGAACAGAUGAAGAAAUUCCAGGAAAUGGUGAACCAGAAAACCAAGCUGGAGAUUGGAGAUGUUAUCAGGAUCAGGGGUUAUGUCCGAACCUUCAGGCAACAAAGAGAAAUUCAGUCUUCGUGUUUUUAUAAAGUGGAUGAUCCUGUGUGUGAUGUUCAGAUUUCACGAAUGUUGGAGCUCCCCAGCCUCUAUAGAGAAGUUUAUGAUAAACCUUUUCAAAGCCCAGGGGUGGGACAGAGUGGUCCAGAAGGUUUGGAUUUCUUAGUCCGAACACUGCAUGAGAAAGUGAGAGACUUCCUCCUAGAAAACAAAAUUCAGACGUUUUACCAACAGGAGUUGGAAACAAUUCAUUCUCUGGUAUCCCUAGCUGAUGUGCCUAGAUCUAGUCCCAGCUGUCAGGUGAAUUCAGGAAGUGAAUCCAGGUCCAAAAGGAUUCACAGUGUUUUCAAGGAAGCAAUAAAGAAACUACAAGAAGAAGGAGUGGUCUUCCAGAAACCUAGUACAUCCAAGGACUUGUACCAUGUGACUGACCAUGACAAAGAGCUGCUUAAAGUGACCCUUGAUGUGAUUAAAGAAGACUGUCGGAAACCCAGGCAUGCUGAAAAAGGCUGCCAUUUUCUUCAUGUCCUGAGUUGUGUUCGGCAAAGCUACAAUCCCAAUCUGGCCGAAGUGGUGAUGCAACGUGUUUUGGAACUGCUGGAGAGCAACAGUGACAUUGUCAGCACUAUGGAAGGAUAUUAUAUGGCAUUUUAAAGAGGGAAGAUAAGAUGUGUUAGUUCUGGUCCAGUCAGGGUAAAACAUAGAGAUGUCUGAAACAGAACUCCGGCACUGAAAAACUGCUAUUACCUACUGUGAUCUCAGUAGGGGCAAAAAAGCUUUCUGCUUCCGUAACUGCUAUUUUUCUCAGCUUCUGAGAAGUUGUCCCAAUACUUGCUUUAAUAUUCUUGUUGACUUCCUUGUUAUUACUAGGGAAUGUUGUAUCUAAGUGAUUCUGGACACUCUAAUAUAGCAGGGGAGCUGGAAGAGAAGCUGGGCUUUCUUGCACGCAUGCCCUUCCCUGAUUAGCAAUAAGAUGUGACGUGGCCUUUCUCACAUUUACAUCCAAUGAGCCCUGAAGAGAAGUCAGUGCUGAAGAGUACUGUUUGCAGCAGUGGUCACAUCAGGACUCACCUUUCUGGCUUAAAGACUGAUGUUGCGAUCCUUCCAUACAGUGAUCGCUGCUCUUUCUCUACAUGCUUUACAAUAGAGAAAGCACAUGCAAGCAAACAAUCUAAAGGUUACCUGUACUUCCUGGCAGUGUUGGCACACCCAUGUGUGUAUAUAUAUGUGUACUCCUGAAUGUGCACAGCUGUGUCACUGCUAAAACACUCCCCACCUUCCUCUGAAAAGUAAUUUUCAGGAAUGAGGAACUGCAUCCCUUCUCCAUUCUGCAGCCUUCUUCGCUACUUGUGAAGCUUGUCUGGAUUCCCCUGGCUACCAUGUGCACUACUGACGCAUGUUGUUUUGGAUUCUGUACAGACCAGAAGUUUCAAAAUCAGCUAAUAUUUUUCUGUUUAUUUUUAAAUUGCUUUGUAUAUCACAGAUGAUAAGCCAUAAAUCAGGCGUUUUGGAACAGCAAAUAUGAAAACAAGCAAGACUCACUGUGAUCUCCAUGUUUCUCAUUGCCUUUUGUCUUCUCCUUUCUCAUCACUUUCAGGAUAAAUGCUAUCCAUACCCAUGCUUGCAGUAGAACAAAAGACAUUAAUGAAGUAACACUGGCCUGAAAAAGGCUACCAUGCAAGACAUUUGACCUGGAAUAAUCAAAACUCUGUUAUACGCCACUGUUCAAAGCCUGGAGCUGUUCAGCAUCUGUGCUUGGAGGGCUUCCUGCUGCAGGGGCUAAGUAAUCUGCUUAAUGGUGUGGAGGCGAUACCAUUAAUUUGAGAAGAGUAGAAAGGAAGGAAUAUAUUCCUUCUCUUUGCUCAGCACCUUCCCUGUAACAGUUGAAAUAGCAGGCUCCCAGGAGGCAGAUGUAGUCGUGAAGCCCUAUAAGGAUUGACAUAGCAGGGAAAAAUAAACCGUAUGCAUGAGGAAAGCCAGUGAGUAGCCUCGUGUGUGCCAGGUUUCUGCUUUGUUUUUAUAUUAUAUGCCUCAUUCCAAGCCAUGCCUGCAGUGAGAUAUAGACGAAGAGAAAGGCGUGAUGAAAUACUUGGCAUUUGCAUUCAGAGACCUGUGGAAAACCCCAGCCUUGUAGAGAUGGUGCGUGUGUUCAUAGUGGAAAACUGUGUGAGUUAUUUCACUGUCAUUUCCCUACUUGCUGCAGAGCUUAAUAGCUGGUUUCCCUGCAAGCUGCCACUACUCCUAGCAUUAACUGCUGUGCUUAGAGUUAGGUGUCUUCUAGUCAGAUCUUAAUAUGGGCCUGAACAUAUUUGUAUAUAUAAAGUCUGCCUAAAACUCCUGGCCUCCUAUUUUCUAAGCAUCAGAGGCUGAUGCAGACAACAAAUGUGCCCUGUCUGUCCUGCCCCUGUUGUGACUUAAAAGCACUGAUAACUGUGAAACCUCGAAGAUGAGGAGCGAGGAGCUUUUCUCAGGAAAGACAGAUCAGUCACUCUGGAAAGAACCUUUCCUUUGAAGUUUUUAAGCUGGUACUUGCUGGCAGUGCUGGACUCUUGGGAAGAAGGGUGUAUUCUGUUGGAGAUUGUUUCCCAAGAACUGGAAGAAGGGAUUUUUCUCCCUUGAAUUAAGGGAAUAAUAUAAAUGAACACAAGGGAGCCUACUGUUUUUUACAAGACUGAAAAAGUCAAGGUAAAAAUUAAUGGAGUAGCUUAGAUUGAAUUUAUACAGAUUGUAAUUAGGAACAAUCACGUGGAAUAGUUGUGCCUUAAUUUUGCGUGCUUUAUUUUUUCCACAGUAACCACCCAGCACAGGGUAACACUUACUCCAAUUGUGUGCAUUCCCCCUCCUGCACUUAGAGGGAACACCAUAUGCAUACGCCUGCACAGAAGUACCCCAGCUAGCUGUGGGAGCACAGAGCCCACUGUAGGCUGAUUUACCUGUUUACUCAGUAUCUCUACAGUAUGCUUCUGUGACAGCAGUCUAGACAUACCCAUACUGGUAUAAGUCACCUUUAUGUAAGUCGAACUACACACACUAGGGCUUUUACUGCUAAUAAACUGUCUCUCUGUUUACAGAUCAUAUCCUUAACCAGAGUCGUAUCAUGCACACUGUUAAAAAAAAGUUCUUAGAUUUAGACCACACCUACAAAAUAUUGUGUGGAACAUUCAGUAAAAGCACACUUUCUUGUUUUGUUUAAUUUGAAAACUCUUUAGGCAAUGCAGUCAUUACUAGUUUAUUAAAGGACUUUGAAGGUGCCACUUUAAGGUAAAACUGACAAGUGAGAAUUCAUGUUGGACUGCUUCGUGGCCAGUUCUAGUUUCCAUAGAAACAGUUAUGGCAGUAAAAGGCAGGUAAGUAAAAUGGAGGUUUUAAAAGCAGUCAGCAUUUUUGCAUUACCUUAAUAAUGUGUGUUUCCAUAGAAAUGCAAUGCCUUAGAAUAAAAAUUACCAUAGAAUCUUAAUAUUUAAUAUCUCAGUAUUCUGGCAAAGUGUAAGCUGACUGUUUUUUCUGGAGAGGAAACAAAGAACAGAAUAACUCUCCCUUCAGUUCCUUAGAUCUGCUUAGAUGAGAGGAAAGAUAAAGUUGCUUCAUGCCUCAGUUUCCUCUUUGUAAAUUGAAGGUAAUACAGUUUCUCUAUGUUGUAGGACAUAAGCCCUGUUUUUUGGUAACACCAAUCAUUAAAAACUCUUGAGAUGUGCAGGUGGGAGCUGUUAGAGAAGAACUCUGUGACUGAGUGGUAAUGAGUGAAUGAAUGGAUAGAUGCUGGAGCGGGAUCCAAGCUCCACUUUUACUAUCAGCUUUAUAUUUCUCUGACUCUUUCAUGCAUUUUGCUUUGCCUGUCAUGUCUUUUUGAUCUCCGUAUCCUAUGAGACAGUUAUGGUGUCCUUAUUCAUAUUUGUAUAGAGUACUUCUGCAGGAAUCCUGUUCCCUUGUUAAAUCAUUAGGGAUCCUUUAAUACAAAUGAUGGCUUCCUGAAAGUAGAAAUCCAGAUCUGUGGUUUCUGAACUUUCCUGUUAUCAGUUCUUUGGAUUGUACGUUUGUACCCAUGGGGGCAUGUAUUGUACACAAACUACCUGAGAAGUGAAGCCUUUCUUUGGAAGUAAUAAAUGAAAGAAAAUGAUCUGCUGUAUGACCCUGAGCUGCUACUUUUGUGGAUCUGUCUAUACUUGCUUAUUUCAACAGUGAAUGCUGUACAGAAGUUGCUAAUUCAUUAUUGAGAAUGAGAGUUCAUAAAUGAGCAGCCAGUAAGGCAUGGAGCCAUGUAGAGAAUGAGGAAAAAGUACUGAAAAUCUGCUUGUCAAAAUGUUAUUUGCUUUACUUUGGGAGUAAGCUGAUCCUAUGCCUUACUGGGGAAAAGAUGUGCCUAGCGAAGAUUGUAUCUUUACACUUCUAAAUGAAAGGGGAGCAAAUUCAGACACCACAGGCAACCUGAAUUUUGUAACUUCCUUUUUCAGUGCAGCACUGUGUUCUUUAUUGCUCUUUCAGCAUAGUCUCCAUCUCUUGUGCCCCAACUCUGCAGACUGGUGAGCAAACAAAAGUUCAGCUGCAGGAGAUAUGAGUAGUUACAAUAAUUAGUUACCAUCUUCUGGGAGCCUCAGCAUUACAGAAACGUUUUUGUGGAUACUGGUUGGUAGCAGGGGAAUGUUGAGUUAGGAAUCUUGGGUUUAAUUCCCAGUAAUGUGCCCUCUCAGGCACAGAGAGUUUCUCCCUAACUUCUUUCACCUAUUUCUGCUCUUCACUCUCUCCUCUAAUUGUCAUUUCUCAGGCCUUUCAUUUUGUUCACAGUCUCAUCAUUAAUCUCUGUACCACAGAUCAUGGUCAAACCCUCUUCCUCCCCCUUGUUCCCUUUAUCUUUCCUAACUCAUAUAUCCUUGUCAGCCUCUGGCAACUGAAAAUAUUGGCAUAAUCCCUCAGCCUAACCAACCUGAUGUUGUUCACAGCCCUUUCAGUUUCCAGCAGGCUGUGCUUUGCUCCUUGUCCAGGCACCAGAAGAGGCAGACAUCAUCUGCUUCAGCCUUGAUCUUUCCUUUACCAUAUAGUCUGCAGCAGGAACAAGCUGCAAUUUCAGGAAAACAGCUUCCCCCUUGCUAGGGCCCCUGUCCUGGUGACACUCUGAAAGUUUCUAGGCAUGAGUUUUUGCUUAUAUCCAAGUGUGAAAUAAAAAGAAUUAAAAAUUAAAACACUCGUAUCUUGCCCAAACUGGAGCAAGUCCAAGUUGUGCUUGCAGGUGGCAGAAGCCAUCUACCUCCCCCUGACACUUUCAAGUCCUUUUGCAGAUUUUAUCACAUACAUAUUCUGUAAAGUUGAUGUAGACUUUUAGUUUGUGCAUCUACUAGGUAAUAUCUCCUCCUUCAGCCUGAUUUUUUUUAAUGAGAAUCUGUCAUUAUAUUCUGAUGUGUUUGAUGUAA